AAAAACAUCUUUUCCCAGCCAAAAAAAAAAAAAAUCUUUAAACAUUCUUUCUUUCGCACUAAAGGCAACUGCAGACAAAGGAGGUAGAUUUUCUCUCUCAAGAGUCAAGACAUCAUUUGAUUCGCCUUUGGAUCUUAACCCUUUUCUCUUUCUUACUUCUGAGUUCAUAUCAUGGACGCAGCUCAAUGGUCACAGGUUAAAGCCAUGGAAGAGGCUGCGGCUAUCAGCGGAUGCUCCAAACCUAUGACUAUGAUGUUGGAGAGGAAGGCAAGGCCACAGAAAGAUGAAGCCUUGAAUUGUCCCAGGUGCACUUCCACCAACACCAAAUUUUGUUAUUACAACAACUACAGCCUCACUCAACCAAGAUACUUCUGCAAAACUUGCAGAAGGUACUGGACUGAAGGUGGAACUCUUAGAAAUGUCCCAGUUGGAGGAGGUUCUAGGAAAAACAAGAGAUCCUCUUCUUCUUCAACAGCAGCUUCGGAAAUAAUUACUAAUCUAAAUCCAACAAUUGGCCUCUCAAACUUCUCUUAUCAAAACCCUAGCAGGAUCCAUGAAGGCCUCGAUCUCAACCCACCUUUCUCUGCUGCUAUACAAAACUACUACUUUACCAUCUCUCAGCCUGUUGAUCAGUUGUUACCCAAGAUUCAUAACAACAACAGCAAUCCCCAAAGCUCUUCUUCAGCUUCGUGUGCUUCAUCACCUCUUUCAGCCAUAGAGCUGCUUAAGGGUGCUGGAAUAACUUCUGUGGGUUUAAAUAAUUCAUCUUCAAUUUCAACCGCAACUCCAGACUCGAGUACAAUAUAUACUCCAGUACUAUUUCCUUUGCAGGAGAUGAAACAAAACUUGAACUUUCCUCUUGAUUGUCCUGAAAGUAGGUAUGCGAAUCUUCAUAGAGUUGAAGAGAAUGGUGGAGGGAUGGUAUUUCCCUUUGGAGUGCUAAAAGGCCUUUCAAGCACUAGUACUAGUGAAAUUGAUGAUCAAAAAAAGGGACAAGGGAAUUCAUCUGGGUAUUUCAGUCGAAAGUUAGGAGGGGGAUCUUGGUAAUUACUGGCAAGAUCUAUGACUACCUACCUAUAUAUAGGAGAGGAAGGAGUGUUUUUUUUUCUUUCUAUUUAAUUUGCUCUCUCUCUCUCUCUCACACACACACAGAUAGUUGUUACUUUUUAUAGAGCAGUUGAGAUACUAACUUCAUUGCAGGAUGGAUGUAGUUCAACUGUCUAUCACUUGACUCUUUGUUUACUGUUAUUUGGGGCCUCACUUGAUUGGAUAGCUUAUAAUGCA